UCGUCCCAAUCGGACAUCGACGAGAUCGAGAACCUCAUCAACGCCAGCGUCCAGUCCGGCCCCGCCACCGUCCUCCCGGCCAGACCUCCGAGCCCUCCCAGGGCUUCGAUCCCCGUCUCCUCCUCGCCGUUCAUGCAAUCCAACCUCCCUCCUCUUCCGCCUCCCUCGUCGACGACCUCCAACCAGAAGCCGCCCUCCGUCUCUGUCCCUAUCCCCGUCGCGCCGCCGCUUUCUUCCUCCGGCGACGGACGGCCGAGCAUUGCCUCCGCCGGGUUCGGCUCGCUGCCGAACACGCUGACGGAGCCCGUCUGGGACACGGUAAAGAGAGAUCUGUCGAGAAUCGUCAGCAACUUGAAGCUCGUGGUGUUUCCGAACCCCUUCCGCGAGGAUCCGGGGAAAGCCUUGAGGGAUUGGGAUCUUUGGGGACCUUUCUUCUUCAUCGUGUUCCUUGGUCUCACGCUCUCGUGGUCUGCCUCCGUCAAGAAGUCUGAAGUUUUUGCUGUUGCAUUUGCUCUGCUAGCUGCCGGUGCUGUGAUUUUAACAUUGAAUGUGCUGCUCCUGGGCGGGCACAUAAUUUUCUUCCAGAGUCUGAGCCUUUUGGGAUACUGCUUAUUCCCUCUGGACAUUGGCGCCCUAAUCUGUAUGUUGAAGGACAACGUGAUAGUGAAAUUGGUUGUGGUAUGUGUAGCAUUGGCUUGGAGUUCUUGGGCAGCAUAUCCUUUCAUGAGUUCAGCAGUCAACCCAAGGAGAAAAGCUCUCGCGCUUUACCCGGUUUUUCUCAUGUAUGUAUCUGUUGGUUUCCUCAUUAUUGCCAUUGAUUAAUGCACUGGAUUGCUCAAACAUACUGAACCUCAACAUGUUAUUACAUAGGAUUUUUAUGUUCUGAGUAAUUUUCUUUUCAUGUCAACUGUAUUUUUUGACUUCUUGAUAUGUUUGGGAGCUCAAUCUACCAAUAGAAAAAAUAUAGCUGUGUGAAAC